GUAAUGCACUGAAAUAAAAAUGGCCAUCUGGAAAUCUGGAAGAUGUUGAGGAGGUGAGGAGGUUGCUGGAAGGAAUAAGGAAGCUGAUAAUUUCAUGCUACACAACAAGUUAUAAACACGAGAACGUUUGUUUUCAAACUCAUCAACAGCAUUAAAACGAAAUGCGUCGUUACUACUGAUACGUCAAAGUAUGAUUGAAAAUUAUAACUAUUCACUGUAUCCAGCAUUCUUGACUUAUUAUAUAUAUGUUAUACAUUAUGUACGUAAUAUUGUAAAUAGCGAUCUACUAAGCAAUGUACCGAAGCAAGAUGGAGGACGCAGCAAGUAAUGUGGAAAGUUUAGUUCAGAAGGCUACAAAUCCAAGGAAUCACAUCACAGAUACAGCAGCCGUGGUGGAGAUCUGCAAUGUUUUGAACAAGGAACCUUACUGUGCUCACGUUGCAACGAGGGUGAUCGCGAACAAAAUGCAAUCAUGCCAGGAGUGGGAAGCACUGCAGGCCCUUAAUUUGCUGGACACUUGUAUGAAGCACUGUGGGGUAGGCUUCCAUGCAGAAGUAGGGAAGUUUCGCUUCUUGAAUGAGAUGAUAAAAUUGGUGUCACCAAAGUACCUCGGUGGACAGACUGCUUUGGCUGUGAGACAGCGAGUCUUACUACUCAUGCACACGUGGACAAUCGACUAUCCUCGGGAAACAAAAAUCAAGGAGGCCUACGAGAUGCUGAAGAAGCAAGGUGUUGUUAAGGAGGAACUGCCAUACAUUAGUAGUAGUGCAAGCAGCAGUGAGAAAGAGGUCCCUGUUCCUCCACCACCCCCACGUCCAAAGAACUCCAUCUUUGAGGAUGAGGAACGGUCACGACUCCUGCAGAAAUUAUUACAGAGCAAGAAUCCUGAUGAUCUGCAGGCGGCUAAUAGGUUAAUUAAGACUAUGGUGAAAGAGGAUGAGUAUCGUGUGGAGAUGAACAGUAGGAGGGUAACUGAACUUGAAUCUGUUCACAACAAUGUGAGGCUAUUGAGUGAGAUGCUUGAUCAGUAUCAGCUCGGUCAGACAUCAGCAGAAGAGUUAGAACUUAUCAAGGAGCUUCAUCAGAGCUGUGAACGACUUCGACCCAGUGUCUUCCGACUUGCUUCAGAGACACAGGAUAAUGAAUCGAUGUUGAAUGAAGUGCUGAGUGCCAGUGAUGAGCUAGGUCAAGUGUUUGACAAAUACACAGCUGUUAUUGUACAGGGAAGGAAACUUCCAGCACAACAUUCAAAAUCAGGUUCUGCGUCCUUACUGGAUUUAAGUACACCGAGUGAAGAGAAACUUCCACCAGUCCCAGUUGAACUCCUUGGCCACCAGCUCGCAGGCUUAG